GCAGCUGUUGUUGAGAAUGUUGUCAAACUGUAAGUGCUGUACUCCUCUACAUACCCUACACCUGAGCAGGUGACACACACUGGGGUCGUAUCGUGACGGCUGUCUGACCAUGCAGUCUCUGACUUCUUAGUUGGUUAGCUUCACAACAUUCAAACUGUGUAGUAAGGUUAGCCAACGGUAUCGGGAGCGUCGUGUCUGUUCACAUCCUGGAAUGGAAGUACUGGGCGAGCAGUACUACAGAGAUGCCUUGGAGCAGUGUCACAACUACAAUGCCAGGCUCUGUGCCGAGAGGAGCGUUCGAAUGCCCUUCCUUGACUCUCAGACCGGUGUUGCUCAAAGCAACUGCUACAUAUGGAUGGAAAAGAGACACAGGGGACCAGGCAUGGCUCCUGGGCAGCUCUAUACUUAUCCAGCGAGGAGGUGGAGGAAGAAGCGGAGAUCUCACCCUCCAGAGGACCCCCGGCUCAUUUUCCCUCCUGUCAAGUCAGAGCUGGACCUUGGACUGAAAAAGGAUGCUCUGUUGUCCUCGGACGGAAGCAGCCUGGAAGCACUGCUGAAGGGUGAUUCCUUGGACAAACGGACGGCCGCAGACCUCCGGGGAUCAGAGGAAGAUUCAAACCAGAGCGAUUACACAGGAAGCCUGAAUCCUGCUGCUCGGAUUAGAAAGAGAAUCCUAGAGCCAGAUGACUUCCUGGAUGACCUCGAUGAUGAGGACUAUGAGGAGGACACACCCAAAAGAAGAGGCAAAGGGAAAGGGAAGGGUCGUGGAGUGGGCAGCAGCCGGAAGAAACUGGACACGGCGGCACUAGAGGACAGAGACAAGCCCUACGCCUGUGACAUCUGUGGGAAACGCUACAAGAACCGCCCCGGCCUCAGCUACCACUACGCCCACUCCCACCUGGCCGAGGAGGAGGGCGAGGAGAAGGAAGACAUGGAGAUGAAUGAGCCUGCCCUGCCGCUGCCCGAGGAGACGAAAACUCCCAAAAAAGGCCCAGAUGGUCUCGCGCUGCCCAAUAAUUACUGUGAUUUCUGCCUGGGAGACUCCAAAACCAACCAUAAGACAGGCCAGUCAGAGGAGCUGGUGUCCUGCUCCGACUGUGGACGCUCAGGCCACCCCUCCUGCCUGCAGUUCACUCCUGUUAUGAUGGCCGCUGUGAAGACGUACCGCUGGCAGUGUAUAGAGUGCAAGUGCUGCAACAUGUGCGGCACUUCAGAGAACGAUGAUCAGCUUUUGUUCUGCGACGACUGUGACAGAGGCUAUCACAUGUACUGCCUCAACCCACCCAUGUCUGAACCCCCAGAAGGGAGCUGGAGCUGUCAUCUGUGUCUGGACCUUUUGAAAGACAAGGCCUCCAUAUACCAGAACCAGAACGCCCCGACGUCGUGAUGGCAACUCCAUCUGGCUUUUGCUCGUCACCCACCGUCCCACAACAGUAUGGUUCACCCCCGAAGACACGAUAAACUGCCCUGAAAGGAUCACCUCAGAGGGACUGUGUCCUGGACCCCCAAAUUGUGAAAAGGGAAGUAUACCUUACAAGACUGGCCUCAUUUAGCAACAGAUAUGACUGUUACACAGUUCCAACCUCAGAUUCAGUCAAAUCGAUUUUUAUUAUCACCUACUUGCAACAUAGCCAAUGUGAGCUGCACUCAUGUCAGAGCUACAGCAUUAACAGCCAAAUUAUCACUUCCUAAUCAGCUUUUAUACGUAGUUGCUAAAGCCUCGUCACUGUCCGCAUAGUAAUCAUUUUAUGACUUGAACAGAUUCAUGAAUAUUAGAUGGCAUGCCCAUGCUUGCUUAUGGUGAAAAUACAUUUUAUAAUAUUUAUAUAUUUCUAUGGUAUAUAAUAGUGUUAAGUAUGUAUGAAUUGGAGAAAAGGAACGGUCAUUUGGUGGUCUAUAAUUGAUAGCACAUCCAUCUCAUCGCAUUUAUAGAAACCAAAUGUUCUCUGAUGUUAUCCAUUUGAUACAUUAUUUGCUGAGAUUCCCCCCCCCCCAUUUCUUCCUCCAUCUCAUCCACUAGCCAAACACUGGCUCAUAGAAAAAAAAUGUAGAAUAGGAAGGGGGGGGGGGUAUGAAUACAAUCCCUUACAUUCUUGUCAAAAGUAGCUCCAAAGGCUGGCGGGGUUAGAUUUGGGUCUCCAUGACGCGAGUGUGCUGCGGGCUAAUGAGGAGGCAUGAACGUGCACUGAUGUGCUCCUUCCCUCAGCCCUCUGGGCCCUCUGUUGACAGAGGCCCUGUGGACCGCAGCCACACAAAGCAAACCUGCCGUUGAUCGAUGGCUGCUCUGCAGCGCCAGCUCCCGUCUGACGGGAAGGAAAAUGUAAAACGGGGACGGUUCCGCUCGAACCCAAAUCCCCCUCAGAGCAGCAGAAAGGUGAUAACGCUGUGUUGUAGCAGUUUGCUGAACGUGCACCAUGACCGGUGUCGGUUGAUGUUGUGACGCCAUUAGAUUGUAACGUAACUGAAGCCUGUGAUCUCACAGGCUGCCACAUUCUCAAUGAAAAGCAAUAUUAGAGCUCCUGUAUAAUGCUGCCAUGACAGACUCAUCAAGUUGACUCUGUUGACAUAGGAUGCGAUACUGUAAAUGUGAUGAGAAAAUGUUAUGACAGGCAGACUUGGGCAGCAGUUAUGGAUUAUUGCCUGUUGUAGAAAAGAGCUUCCUUGUAUAUCUUAACUGCUGUUUCUGUCAUUGCUUUUAUAGUUUUAUUAUGCAAUAGUUUCCUUCUGUGGCAGGGCUAUAGAAAGUCAGAGCUGCUGCGGCAGUUCCUUUACCUCAAACAGAAACAGUAUUUAAAGGGUUGAAACAUGCUGUGGGGUUGGUGGGACACAGUCGGAGGGAGGAAUCGUGAUGACAGCUGCAGUGUCUGGUUCAAUAGCUGCAUAUUUUACAGUCAAACAAUUGCAUGUCCAGUAAUUGUCGGCACUCAUAUGCUACAUAGUGGUGUCAGAAUUAGAUUGGUAAAGGUGUCGGGAAAGUGGUGUAAUAUAAAUUAGCCAUGCUAUCACGUCGUUUCAAUAGCCAACUAACAAAUACUAAAGCAUUACACGAGUGUCAUUCGGUUUAUUUUCACAACAUGUUUUAAACUUACUGUUUUACCUAGAGACAGUGGCUACUAGAAUAUUUAUCUGUUCUUUUGUAUUCAUCAAUAACUCUCGCAUACCUGAGGUGUGGGACAUUUUUGGAGUUUGGUGGAAGUUGCUCUCUAGCGAAUCCUGUGAUCCAGGUCUAAACUGAGCUGCUCUCUUCCAAAGCUCAAAACAAGAAGCAAAGUCCGUAAAGGGAUUAAGUGGCAAAUACUGACAGGAUUAAUGUGCAGUCUUCAACCGAAACUGAAAAACAAGAGGAUUGCCCGACUUCCAGCCGUCACAUUUGUCAUUAUCGCUGAAUAUCGGAUCAUAGUUGACUUGUUUCUAGCUUUGGGAGAGACUAGUUCAUUGCAUCAAGUAAUAUUUAAAUCAAGAUCAUAGGUUUACAUUAGUUGGUGAAUUCUCUUUGGGUGGACUUUUAUUUGCUUUGUGAUGGAAUGUUUUAUUGUAUGAAAAAAUGUCUUCAGGAAAAUAAAAUACUAAGCACUAUAAACUGUUUUUUUUCAUCCUCCGCUUAAUAAAUUCAGAGAUUUGCUGCAUUAUUCUAUAAAUACACUACAUGCUA